AUGCCAAAUUCAAUUAUAAACCCUGUUUUAUCAAACCACAGACAAAAUUUUAAUAAUAACCGCGAUAAAGAAGUUGAUGUUGAUAAACCUAAUUAUUUAACAUCAACUCAUCUGCCAAGUAAUAUUAAAAAGAGGCAGAAGAAGAAGAAAGGAGACGAGUCAAAUCUUAUUGGAAAAAUAACAAAUUACAUCAGCCAACAAAGCAAAAAUCCUAAUAAUGAUGAAAAAAAACCAACCUCGAUAAUACAAGACUCAAGUUAUAAUAAAGUUUACAACAAUACCAAUUUUGUUGGUUCAUUUUCAAAUCUUUAUAUUGACAACAACGAACUACAACCUUCAAAUGAUUCUUCGAUAAAUUUCCAUCACCCUCCAAAUUGGUCAAAUUCUACUGAUACUUUAUCAACAUCAUCGUUAAAUUCAGAUAAUGUCCCUCCGUGGGAUUCGCCUACAGCUUUUAAUUCCAGAAAUCAAUCUGUCGAUUAUUCCAACAUUGAUGACGAUGAAGAUGAUAUUAAAAGACGUGAAAAAGAUUUAGAUCCUGAAUUAUCAUUAUAUUUACGUUACCAACGACAUCUAGAAGAGGAAGCAAGACCUCAAAUCCCUCAUCAUCACAAGGAAGAGUCAACACCAUCAUCGACGUCCUCGUCUUCAUCAGAUACUUUGGAUGAAAUAAAUCUAAUAUCAAUAAUUAACUCGGACGAAUUAUUCUCGCUAUCAGAAGAUUACAUAAUUUCAAUACUUCAAAGGGAGGAUUUAGACUUGCCAGAGAUUGAAAUAUGGUUAAAUCUAUUAAGCUGGGGUAUCUCAAAUACACCAAGGUUAAACGUGUAUAAUGACGACGAUAAUGAUGAAUGUUAUUAUCAUCAUUACGACAUGUCAAAAUGGAUGAAAGACGAUUUCAAAGAACUAAGGGAGACUUUGAAAAAUUGCAUUAAAUGGAUAAGAUUUUUUCAAAUCGGCCCACAAGAAUUCGCGAAAUAUGUUUUGCCAUUUAAGCGAAUCUUACCAAAAGAUAUUGUCAGUAAUUUUCUAAGGCAACAAAUUACCGGCCACAUGCCAAUUUUUUCUAUUAAUCUACCGCCAAGAAUCCCUUCAACUGAUAUCGAAUCAACUAUAAUAGCUGGAAGACAUGCAACUAUUAUAUCAAACUGGAUAAAAUCGCCAAAUGAUCCAACACUAGGCUACGAUGAUCGUGGUUAUAAUCCAUUAAAUAGUUGUUUUGAAAAUAUGAGAAGACGAUUAUCAACUUCGCAUUCAUAUUCAUCUUUACCAUCAACCAAAUCCAGAUCAUCGAAAAGAUUUUCCAUCAGUAGCUAUAAUACUAAUAAUAGUUGUCAUCCAGAAAAUAAUUCUAUAGUUAGUAGAAUUUUACCAGAAUUUGAAAAUAAAAGAUUCAAUCAUAAAAGGCAUCCAAACAAUGGAUUUUAUUUUGGUGCUGGUCCUGAUUUAUGGAUUAACAUUGACUGUAAAGAUAAAAUUGUCAAAAAUUCUCCCCUCUCUUACGAACAUCGAAUUUUAGAUUCUUCUGGAAUUUUUAUAUGGGAAGAUUUUGAAGUAUUUCAAGUUGUAAAAAAUUGA